AUGGACACUUUCACAGACAACGAAUUCCGCAGGCGAUUUCGACUAUCAAAAAACACGGUACAAUACUUGUAUACGUUAAUUGGAGAUGGAUUGGAGCCAUUGGUAACACGAACUGGAUUUACCUUAAGUGGAUUAGAUAAAAUUUUAAUCACUUUAAGAUACUACGCAAGUGCCAGCUAUAAUCUUGUGACUGCUGAUUUUUAUGGUGUAAGCGAAACAUCCGUACGUAAUAUUAUACCAGUAGUGAGCGACAAAAUUGCAGCGCUUCGAGAAAGAUUUAUUAGAAUGCCGACUGAUGAUCUUGAAAUCGACGAAACAAAACGUGCAUUCUUUCGAGUUGCAGGAAUGCCAACGAUUAUAGGUGCAAUCGAUGGUACAUUGGUAAAAAUUCAAGAAGUUGGCGGCGCCUACAAUAAGACAAUGUUUUUUUGUAGAAAACAAUUUUAUGCCAUAAAUACCCAGAUUGUAUGCGACGCCAAUGCCAAAGUGUUAGAUAUUGUUGCCAGAUGGCCGGGCAGUAUACACGAUGAGACUAUUUUUUUAAAUUCACUUUUAUUUGAACGAUUUCUAAAUGGCGAAUUUAAUCGUCAAAAUAGACAAUCAAUUCUACUGGGUGAUGGAGGCUACAGUUCAGAAACCUUUUUGGCAACUCCAUUGCGAGAAACGAAUCAACAAAACAGAACACCUGCCGAGGUAAUGUAUCAACGUGCACAUAUCGCGACAAGAAAUGUAGUGGAAAGAUUCAAUGGACAGUGGAAGAAGAGAUUUCCCUGCCUAUGGAUCGGCAUGCGAUUUCGGAAGCUCGAAACCACAUUAGAUGUAAUUGUCGCUACGGCGGUACUUCACAAUAUUUGUAAAAUUACAAAUGACAUUAUAAUUCCCCCGUUAUCCCGAGAUGAAGAGGCUAGGUACAACGAGGCAGUUUAUGAAGAGACCCAAAUUCGCAAUGCACAACAUCCAGCACGCAGAGCACCUCACACAAUAUCGAAUUUGGUACUGAAACAAUAUUUUGAACGUAUAGCUGGUGACAAUUAA